UCUGCAACUAUCCUAUUCGCCCCCGUGUGGGGCCAGAUCACAACCUCGUGCACGCCAGCAAUGAUAAUGGCAUUCGCGCCGUGCUUGAAUUUCGUAACGAAUAACAGCUCCAACGGGGUGGGCCCCACCGCAUUUUGCUGCAAUUCGCUAAAGUCGCUAAUGAUCAACGGUAAGGACUGCGUGUGCCUAAUUGCCAUAGGCAGCAUUCCGUUCCAAAUUCCCGUUAAUCGAACCCUCGCCCUUUCUCUGCCACGUGCUUGCAACGUGCCAGGUGUCCCCCUUCGGUGCAAAGGUGGGGACUAA